UGCCCUUGCCUUGGCCUGUAAGUUGCAUAGGACAGUGGCCUGGCCCGGGGCUGUUGUGGGGAGACUGGGAGGUUGAAGAACACUCUGGCCUCCUCCAUCAUGUCGGCCAAGAGGGCAGAACUGAAGAAAACAAACCUGAGCAAGAACUACAAGGCAGUUUGCCUGGAAUUGAAGCCAGAGCCGACCAAAUUAAGAAGCUUUUUUGAGGCCAUGCCAGCAGCCAGGCCUGAAAUCCGUGGAGAAGCGACCUGGAGUCAGGGUUCAUUCGCUGUUUCUGGUGGCCAAGACCUGUCCCAGACAUACGACUACAAAGGAGUUAAAAAACAAGGGCUGUUUACCAAAAUUGGAGUGACGCAGGAGCUAAAGAAUGAAAUCAGGGAGGUGAGGGAAGAGCUCCAGGAAAAAAUGGAGGAGAUAAAACAGAUAAAGGAUAUAAUGGACAAGGAUUUUGAUAAACUUCAUGAAUUCGUGGAAAUUAUGAAGGAAAUGCAGAAAGAUAUGGAUGAGAAAAUGGAUGUUUUAGUAAACAUACAGAAGAACAGCAAGCUUCCCCUUAGAAGAGGAGCGAAGGAGCAGCAGGAGCUUGGGCUGAUGGGAAAGCCUGACACAGACCCACAGCUCAGGCCCAGGAGAAUGGACGCGGCCGGCGGGGCGCCCUUCGCUCUUCACAGGAAGAUGUCGGCGCCACAGAAGCCACACACAGACCCCCCGGAUGCGCGCCAGCAGCUCGGGACCUGCUGCGAGAAAUGCCUGUUGUGUGCCCUGAAGAACAACUGCAACCAGGGGUGGGUGCCCCCGCGAUGCGGCUCACCUCACAGGAAACUUUCACCCCAGGUCUGGGCACCCUUUUCACCCUUGGCUUCUGGAGCGGCCUUCUGAUUUACCUGUGCCUCCGCCCCGGCGACAUGGAGCACGUGCUCCCCACCUAGCGCCACCUGGCGCCUGGCCCGCCGCCCCCGCUCGGGCCGCCCGCAAGGCCUGCGCCCUCGUGC